AUGGAAAAAUAUGUGCUCAGUGAUCUUAUUGGCGAAGGUUCGUUCGGAAAAGUCUAUAAAGCUGUUGAAAAAUUAUCAUCGAAAACAGUCGCGCUUAAGAUUAUAAACAAGCGGGGACGAUCAGGAAGAGAAUUAAAAGGAUUGCGAGGCGAAUGUGAGAUACAGCAAAAUCUACGACACCCAAACAUUAUACGGAUGUUAGAUUCCUUCGAAACAGACAAUGAGAUAAUGGUGGUAACUGAAUACGCAAAAACAGAUCUACAUAGCUUACUACGUGAUGGAUCGUUGGGAGAACCAAAGACACAGCGUAUUACCUUUAAUCUAGUGUCUGCGUUGUAUUAUCUUCAUUCCCAUCGCAUUCUGCAUCGUGAUUUGAAACCGCAAAACAUUUUGCUGGACCGAAAUAUGUCCGCAAAGCUGUGCGAUUUUGGAUUUGCUCGCAAUAUGACUAUGGGAACUCAUGUGCUAACAUCCAUAAAAGGAACGCCACUGUAUAUGGCACCGGAGCUAUUAGAAGCCAAACCAUACGAUCAUCAUGCAGAUUUAUGGUCGUUAGGUUGUAUUAUUUAUGAAAUGCUUGCAGGUGAACCACCAUUCAGCUCUACUUCUAUGAUACAUUUAGUGCGGCUAAUUCGUAACCAGUACAUCAAGUGGCCAAGUUAUUUGACCAGUAAUUGCAUUUCAUUCGUUCAAGGGUUGCUUGAGCGAGAUCCUUCAAAGCGAAUGAGCUGGGCAAUCAUCUUGGACCAUUCGUUUGUGAAAGGUCAUAUAAUUCUGAUCGAAGACGACGUUCCACAAUCCCCUUUUACAUAUCCGCUAACUGCAUCACAAUCCAGAGAUAAAAUAAAUCAAACCAAACAGCUGACAAAUAGAUUGAAUAGCUCCCAUUAUAAACCACGAGAAGAAGAUCUAACUACAUCUAAGGAUAGUAUAAAUGUAAAUUUGCAAAGUGACUUUGAGUAUCAGGAAACGGACACUGAUGAGUAUGGAGGGAACGCGAAUACAGAAAAUGGUAUAGGAAUGUUCAAUAAUGCUAGCAUAUUGAAUUAUGCAUCAAAGGUAUAUCGUAGAAGUCAAAAUGAAGUAUAUAUUGAGGAACAACGAGUGCCGCCCGUUCAAUUAACGGAGUAUCCCAAUCUCGUAGUCAGUAGUUUCAACGAUAAUUUCCCUAUCUUGACUCAACAUCGCCCUGUCCCAGUUACUCAAUGCACAACUUUUAGUAACGAUGUGCUACAGCAUCAGUUGCCCAAAGAAAUGUUUCAAUGCAAUGUAAAAUCUCAAGAACUAGAAAGGCGAAAGCUAAGCCAAAGCAUUGACAACUUUUCAGUGCGCAUUGAAUCGGAAAAGCAAGCUUUUUCAAACCAACUUUUGCUAAAAUCGUCUAAUUCUUGCAAUGUCAUACAAGAGGAAAUACAACAAAAAAGCACAGAUAAGAUCACACCAAAUUUGCUGCCUGGUUGGGAUUCAUGUGAUGAAUCGCAAAAUCCUCCUAUAGAAAACGAAGAAUGGCUGGCUUUUCUACAACGUUCAAUGCAAGAAGUACUUGACGGUGAACUAGAAUCAUUGAAACAGCAGAAUUUUGUUUGCAUUAUCGUAGCUCCGUUGCGCAACAAUCGAGCCAGUGCCAAGGUUAUUGAGAACGUAGCACAUUUACUCAGUCUUCCAUUAGCGAUCAACACACCACCGACGAUAUUGCACAACAUAAUUAAUGUUUAUGGGGAACUAAAACUUGUACCGAAUUUAGUAUACGCCUCAAAACUUCUUUGCAUGAAAAUGAUAGUCGAGAAUUCAUCAACAAGUGAAAGUAAAUCAGGGUUAAGCUAUAACCAAUCCGUCAGUUCCGUUCGUCAUCUGUCUUCAUUAGAUAACGACGAGAUUAAAACUCUUAUCGCCAUUUAUGAUCUCAUAUGCUACCUCAUUCACAUGGGCGAUAUAUUUUUAAACCAGUUCUGCGACGCCAUCGAAAUUUUAGGCGUUAAAGAACUAUUUGUUAAUUUCAUCUCCGUUGUUCAUGUCAAUGACGCAUACAUUCGCCUCGUUUGCUCGUUACUCGCCCUCCUGAAUUGUGCCUUACGAGAAUUACCAGAGAAUGCAGAAAUUAUCGAACAGAUAGUAUUUCAUGAAAAUGUAAACUUUAUGGCUUUGCUUAAACAUAAUAAUGCUGUCUUGCGGCUUCGAACUUGUAUGUUACUUCGUAUUCUAGCUAGAUUCAGCUGUCUUGCUUUACAGAAAAGAUGGACAAAUGAAAUCAAGGAUUGCUUGGAAUUUCUACUCUUAGAUGAGAAUACUGAUGUGAAGCAGGAAGCCAAAUAUGCUAUGGAAGAAUUUAAAUAUCUUUCUUUCGUUACUACUGAAAUCUGCUGAAUGUUUACUUUCCUAUAAUGGUGAAUGCUGCAUGAUAACAUCAAGAGCAUAUUUAACUUGUUUUUAGUGUAAUGCUAAUAUGAAAAACUCGUGUUUCUCAAUAUAAUCUCUGUUAAUUUUUGUAAACAGUCA